AUGCCUUGUACGCUGCAGAAAUCUCAGCUUUUAGAAGAAUCCUCCCUAUGCUUGGUGGAUUAUGUAAGGAUGGCUGCUGUGAGUCAAUCUCAGCCUCUGCGCCAGCCGUGCCUCUACCAUUCACGUAGUAAAGUGACGGUCAAUGUGAAGAAACCUUUGUGGCCAAUACAAAUGAGCUGCAAGCAGGUAGCUCUGGAGAUGUUUUCACUCUGUUCACAGCUUGAUAUAGUUAUCCGAGGUGAAGUACAGCAGCUUCAAGAACAAGUUGCAGAUGAUAUAAGCUUUGGAGAGUCUGACAUAUUUCACACAUUGGGUUCAGAACUUCUUGAAAGAAUGAAAGAGUGUUUGACCCAUUUACCUGAACCAACGCCAUGCCUAGAGGACUAUCUGGACACUUCAGGUUUAUCUCUCCUUUUUCCAAGGGUGGAAGUAUAUAUCAUCUAUGAAAGGCCAGUUGAUAUUUUGGAGAGCCCUCCAAUGGAUGAUUACUUUGCUCACAUAGGAAAACUUAAUCAGCUUCUGGUUUUGAGCCAACAGCUGGAGGAUGAUGUGAAGCACCUAGGAAGCCAUAAAUAUGUAGCCCAUCAGUUGUCAGUGCUCUAUAAAGUUCUCAGUUAUUUUAAUGGGUGUCUCUAUCUUGAUGUUCUGAAGAGAGACAUUGAAACCAACUUUAAGUCCGUAAAGACUGCACUUUCUACAUUUGAUGGAUCACGACAAGAGCCACUUUUACCAGCAUAUUUGCAAACGUGGUUGCUGGGCUUAACACAGACAAUUAUCACAACAGUCUCUUUGCUCCCAGAAGAACUAACCAGUGAAAUAAUGCCAGUUCUGGCUUACUCUUUGUCAUACUGA